CUGAGGCAGUUCAGCCAAUGAGAGGCUGUUGCGUAGCUCAAGCACCCUCUGCAUAUAAACACAGUUUUGCUACUUUACAUCGUGCCUAAAACUUCGGUCUCCGAUCUCACCAGCCAAUCCGUUUCGCGUUGCUAGGCAGCUUAUGCAAAUCCCAGUGGCCUCCUCCUCGUACGUGUUGCGCUGGGGCGGGGCCAGGCUGUGGGAACGAAGCGUGAGCAAGAAGCAAAAGAAGGAGGACGAACCAGAGACGUAAUCCGUCAGUAACCUAGCCAGCCAGCCAGCCAUGAUUGUCUUGCCCCCAGGACUGACAGAGGAAGAGGAAGCUCUGCAGAAGAAAUUUGCCAAGCUCAAAAAAAAGAAAAAAGCCCUCAUGGCCUUGAAGAAGCAACAGAGCUCAACCAGCCAAGCUAGCCAGGGCGGAAUUAAACGCUCCAUCUCCGAUCAGCCUGUAGUGGACACUGCCACAGCCACUGAGCAAGCCAAGAUGCUGGUGAAAACGGGGGCCAUCAGUGCCAUUAAAGCCGAGAACAAGAACUCGGGGUUCAAGCGUUCCCGCACUUUGGAGGGGAAGCUGAAAGAUCCUGAAAAAGGCCCAGCCCCAACUUUCCAGCCGUUCCAGCGCAGCAUCUCAGCAGAUGAUGAUUUCCAAGAGGUACGACGCCCCCAGAGGAAGUCCCUCUAUGAAAGCUUUGUGAGCUCCAGCGAGUGUUUGCAGGAUCCAGACAAGGAUUCGGAAGUGAGCAGGGACCAAGAGAAGGAUUCUGAGCGGAGUGAAAACACACACAAUUACGAGUGGGACUAUGAUCGGGAUCGGAGCCGUGACAGGAGCAGGGACCGUGAUCGGGACCGCGAAUGGGACCGCGAUCGGGACCGAGAAUUUGAGCGCGACCGAGAACGGGACCGGGACCGUGAUCGGGACCAGGACCGGGAACGGGACCGGGAAUGGGAUCAGGACCGAGAGGGCAGCUUCCGCCGGUCAGACUCUUUCCCAGACCGACGUGCCCCACGCAAGGGCAACACAGUGUAUGUGUACGGGGCAGACAUGAACCAGACCAUGCUGCAAAAUGCCUUCUCGCCCUUUGGGAAUAUCAUUGACCUCUCCAUGGACAACCCUCGCAACUGCGCUUUCGUCACUUAUGAGAAGAUGGAGUCUGCAGAUCAAGCCAUCGCAGAGCUCAACGGUACGGUUGUGGAAGAUGUCCAGCUGAAGGUUAGCAUGGCCCGCAAGCAGCCCAUGUUGGAUGCAGCUACCAACAAGUCUCUGUGGGGAUAUUUGGCUGUGAAGAAUAGCAACAAGGGCUCUCACCAAGACAAGCGGUCGCUGAUGGUCUACGAAGAUAUUUUCUGAUGCCAGUGUGGCAGUCCUCCUUUGAGUGGUGCAGCGUUUUCCCUUGUGUUUUGUUCAAUUGAGGUAUUAAAAUAAAUGUUAGUGAUUUUUA